GGGGCAGCGUUGCAACUUUCAUUUAUGGGUAUACUAUGUACGCUGUGAAACAAGAAACAUUCUUAGAUAAUUUCGAUUACCCGACCGAAGACGAACUUUAAAAACCAUCUUCUAGCUCGUAGUUUAUAUAUAAAACUUCCAAAAUGUGCGCCGAACAAUCUGCUAAAAAACUUACUCGUCUUUUACCGUUACCUACGAUCAGAGAUAUAAUGCAAAUGUAUAAAGUAAGAGCAUCUCGAAGAUUAUCGCAAAAUUUCCUUCUUAACGAAGCUUUGAACCAUAAAAUCGUAAAAAGCGCCGGAAAAAUUAAGCAAGCUGAGGUAUGCGAAGUUGGACCGGGCCCUGGUAAUAUUACCAGGUCGAUUAUACAUAAAGGAGCCGAAAGAGUUAUCGUUAUCGAAAAAGAUCCUCAGUUUUUACCAACACUUGAGAUGCUGAAAAGUGCUUGCCCAGUUCCAUUUGAAAUAAUACACGGAGAUAUUCUACGUUACAACUUUGAAAAAACCUUCAGCGAAAGUAAACGAAAACCGUGGGAAGAUAAAUACCCAGAUAUCCAUAUCAUCGGAAAUCUACCUUUCAACGUUGCUACCCCUUUGAUAAUUCGAUGGAUACGAGAUAUUUCCCUCAAACAAAACGCCUGGAGCUAUGGACGUGUUCGAUUAACGCUGACAUUUCAAAAAGAAGUAGCAGAACGAAUGGUAGCACCGGUUAUGACCGCUCAGAGAUGUAAAUUAUCAGUAAUGUGUCAAAAUUGGUGCUUCGUGGAUUAUAAAUUUACUAUUCCAGGCAAAGCAUUUUUACCAAAACCAGAUGUAGACGUAGGUGUUGUGCAUUUCAAACCCCACAUCAAUCCGAUAAUUCCUCUACCUUUUGUCUUAAUCGAGAAAGUAGUCAAGGCCAUGUUCACCGGAAGGCAGAAAUUUCUCAAUAACUCACUCAAAAAUCUUUUCCCCGAACUAAAACAAGAUUUAGCAGUUCGAAUGCUCGAAGAAAGUGAAAUCCACCCGAAAACCAGAGCGAUGCAAUUAAGCGUCGAAGAAAUCGGUCGAUUGUGUUUCUCUUACGAUAAAAUAAUCAAGGAGGAGCCUUCGUUGAGGAAAUACGAUCAUCAUAAAACUAAAGACGAUUCUAGUUGGCAGAUUAAAGAGGAAGAAGAAGAACACAAAUUGGAACUUUGGAAACGUAAACAAAUCGAAGAUGAGUUUUAUUAGAUUAGAAUAAACAUUAAUUUGUUAAAAGGUUUGUUAUUAAAAUAAAUACUGUAUGAUUUUAA